GUCGCUGCACUCCAUUGUCCAUUCCCAAUUGCUCUUGGAAUCAAGUUUAACACUUCCUAUUGCUGCGUGUUCGAUCAGGUGCCCAGCGAUACCAUGAUCUCGAAACAGGCCGAUGGCGCGGUGAUUGAAAGGCGCGAUGACUCAAAUUUACCGCUGAAUGAAAAGCCUACUCAGCGCGAUGCGUUCUACCUCACAGAGCAGGACCCUGAAGAAUUGAAAGUGCUGGAGGAGAAAAUCCGAUGGAAGACGGACGUACGUCUUUGCAGUAUUGCUGGGAUCCUCUGCAGUCUCAAUCUACUCGACUCGGGCAUCCUGUCAUCUGCAUCCGUCACCAGCAUGCCCAGCGACUUGAAUCUCCAUGGCACACGAAACUCUGUCUCAAUCUUCAUCUUCACCAUCGCUAGCGUCGUCUGUCAAUUACCGUCCACCAUCGCAGUCCGUUGGGUGGGUCCCCGGGUUUGGUUCGCCGCCAUCACCUUCACAUUUGGCCUCAUAACGUUGUGUACUGCCUUUAUUCACACUUGGCGACAGAUGAUUGCCCUGCGGGUGUUACUGGGGAUGGCGAUGUCGGGUAUUUACCCGGGUCUGACCUAUCUCAUCAGUACCUGGUACCCACGACGGGAGCAGCAGCUUCGAUUUGCUGUUCUUCAGUCGGGUGAAGUGGUCGGGCUCGCGACAGGGUAUAUUGUGAACUACGGUCUAAAUCUGCUGAACGGGAAAGCAGGCUUGCAAGGCUGGCGCUGGAUGUACCUUAUCCAGGGCCUGAUCAGUUGCGUCAUUGGAAUUCUCACUUAUUGGUGGAUGGUUGACUUCCCAGAGAAUGCUCAUCGCAGCUUCCAUUUCCUGACUGAGGCAGAGGCACGUGUGGCCGCGCAGCGUAUUCGAGCUGAUCGUGACGACAUAGUGCCGGACGCUUUUUCGUGGAGCAAGGUUCUGGCUCCUUUCGCCGACCCGAAAUUGUACGGGUUCGCAUGCCUGUUUUUCCUGUUGAAUAUUGUCUCUACGGCCCUGAACUAUUUUCUGCCUAUGAUCCUUCAAUCAGGUAUGGGCUUUUCGAGCAAUGAUUCUAUCUUGCUCUCAACGCCGCCCUACUAUUGGUCGGUCAUCCCAGUUAUUUUUACAUCGUUUGUGGGAGACACUUAUCGCAUCCGUGCACCCCUCAUUACAUUCAACGCUCUCUGCCUCAUAGCUGGGUUCCUUAUGUUUGGUUUGCCUUCCUCCACGCAGGUCACUGUUCGAUACAUUGGAACCUUUCUCGCUACCGGGGCAUAUGUGUCGAACUGGGCAGCUUUGAACGCAUUCAUGGCCAACAACGUCGUUGGGCAAUGGAAUCGCGCCACCACUGCGGCAGCAGUGUCGGCGGGUAAUGGCUUGGGUGGUGUGGCAGGCAGUUAUAUUGUGCGGCAGCAGGAAGCACCGCGCUAUCAAACCGCUGUAUGGGUGUCCAUUGGAUAUAGUCAUAGAUCCAAGUAG